CCGGAUUCUGGAGCUAUCCGGAUAACAUCUUCGCUUUUACUUGAUCAACUCUGCAAAUUUCAAUUUUCGCUUUUACUAGAUCAACUCUGCAAGUUUCAAAUUUCGCAAUUUUGCUUGGGAAUUUAACGCUUGAGCUCAGGAUGUCUUCGAUUGAGCCACCCUUCAGGCCAAGAGAGAAGAUCUUCGAAAAGCAGAAGCAUUUCCAGAGCAUACACAAGCACACUUAUCUGAAAGGACCAUUCGAUAAGAUCACCUCAGUCGCUAUCCCUGUUGCUUUGGCUGCCACUUCUCUCUUUCUCAUUGGGAGAGGAAUCUACAAUAUGUCUCAUGGAGUUGGGAAGAAGGAAUGAGAAUUUGUCUGCUUUGAUGAUUCCAUCCUGCAAGAGCUUUGCAGGCUAGUUUUUCUUAUCUUGCAUAUGCUUUGUAAUUUCCGAACUUAAUACUGUUGAUGUUUCAUGGGAUUGGUGAAUGAUACUUGCUUUGCUGUGA